UGGCAAAAUGAGUCUUAAACCCUCGUAUAAACCCUCUCUUCACACAAAGGAAUGCUAACAAGUCUGAACAAACAUGGCACCCAAAUCCCACGCCAAAAAAAAUUCACAGUUGAAGGGUAAAACCUCAAACGCGUCAAUGCCCCUUCAACUUGAAGAUGAAGUUCCUGACUUCCCUAGAGGUGGGGCAAGUUCUUUGAGCCGGAAAGAGUUGGAUGAAGUUCGAGCUGAGGUGGAUGCAGAGUUUGAGGCUGAAGACAGAUUAUUGAAGAAGAGGAAGAAGCAACACAAGGUGCAAAGGAGUAGUACAGAAGAUGAUUUAGGUUCCCUUUUUGGCGGUGGCAUCAAUGGAAAAUUGCCAAGGUUCGCCAACAGGAUCACUUUAAAGAAUAUAUCUCCUGGAAUGAAGCUCUGGGGAGUAGUUUCUGAAGUAAAUGAGAAAGAUAUUGUUGUCAGUCUCCCAGGAGGCUUGCGGGGGUUAGUUCGAGCAUCUGAAGCAAUUCCUCCUUUCGUGGGGGAUGGAUCAAAACGGUCAGAGAUGGAUGCUAAUUUUCUUUCUAGUGUAUAUCACACCGGGCAGCUGGUUUCUUGCAUUGUCUUGCACUUGGAUGACGAUAAGAAAGAAGCAGGGAAGAGAAAGAUUUGGCUUUCCUUGCGUCUCUCUUUAUUGCACAAGAACUUAACUCUUGACGUUAUUCAAGAAGGAAUGAUUCUUAGUGCAUACGUGAAAAGCAUGGAAGACCAUGGUUAUAUGAUUCAUUUUGGGCUGCCUUCCUUCUCAGGAUUUAUGCCAAAAGAAUCAGAAAAUGUGGAAGUUAAGAUUAGAAGCGGGAAGCUGGUACAAGGGGUUGUUAAAAGUAUUGAUAGAACGCAUAAAGUUGUUUAUUUGAGUUCUGAUCCUGAUGUUGUCUCAAAAUGUGUGACCAAGGAUCUUAAGGGUAUCUCAAUUGAUCUUCUCGUUCCAGGCAUGAUGGUUAAUGCUAGUGUGCGUUCAAUUCUUGAAAAUGGAAUUAUGUUAUCAUUCCUCACGUACUUUACCGGAACAGCUGACAUGUUCAAUUUGCAGCAAACUUUCCCCUCUUCCAAUUGGAAAGUUGAUUUUCCGCAAAAUAAAAAGGUUAAUGCUCGGAUACUAUUUAUUGAUCCCUCAUCUAGAGCUGUUGGCUUGACAUUGAAUCCUCACCUGGUUUACAACAAGGCUCCUCCUGCACUUAUCAAGGUUGGAGAUAUUUUUGAUCAAUCAAAAGUGAUCAGGAUUGAUAGGGGUUUGGGUCUUUUGCUGGAAAUCCCCUCUUCUCCAGUUCCAACUCCAGCAUAUGUUAAUGUAUCUGAUGUUGCUGAUAAGGAAGUGAAAAAGCUGGAGAAAAGUUUCAAGGAAGGGAAACUUGUUCGCGUCAGGGUUCUUGGGUUUAGGCGUCUAGAAGGACUUGCUACUGGGGUUUUGAAGACCAGUGCAUUUGAAGGGUCAGUUUUCACUCAUUCAGACGUCAAACCUGGGAUGGUGGUAAAAGCUAAAGUCAUUGCAGUAGACAGCUUCGGUGCUAUAGUACAAUUUUCUAGUGGUGUGAAAGCACUUUGUCCUCUUCGUCAUAUGUCUGAAUUUGAAAUAGUAAAACCCAGGAAAAAAUUCCAGGUUGGAGCAGAAUUAGUCUUUCGUGUUCUUGGUUGCAAGUCAAAGAGAAUCACUAUUACACACAAGAAGACACUAGUUAAAUCAAAACUUGAAAUUCUUGGUUCUUAUGCUGAUGCUACUGAAGGACUAACAACACACGGAUGGAUAACGAAGAUUGAAAACCACGGUUGCUUUGUCCGCUUUUACAAUGGAGUCCAAGGGUUUGCCCCAAGAUCUGAACUUGGACUUGAUCCGGGGUGCGAAAUAAGUUCCAUGUAUCACGUUGAACAAGUAGUGAAAUGCAGAGUUACCAGUUCUAAUCCGUCUUCACGCCGUAUUAACCUCAGUUUCACAACAACAUCCUCAAGAGUAUUCAGCAAUGAACUUAUUAAACCAGGAAAUGUUGUUUCUGGAGUGGUUGAACGAGUAACUCCGGAUGCAAUCGUCCUAGAUGUUACUGCUCAGGGUCAUUUUAAGGGCACAAUCUCACCCCAACAUUUGGCAGAUCACAGUGGCCAUGCUGAGCUGAUGAAGUCCGCCUUGAGGCCUGGGUAUGAGUUUGAUCAGCUUUUGGUUCUUGAUGUUGAGGGAAGCAAUUUAAUACUCUCUGCAAAACAUUCUCUUGUGACCUCAGCUCAGCAACUUCCACGGGAUGUUAAUCAAGUCCAUCUUAACUCUGUGCUGCAUGGCUAUAUUUGUAAUAUAAUUGAAAGUGGUAUCUUCAUUCGCUACCUUGGGCGCUUGACUGGGUUUUCUCCAAGAAACAAGGCUACUGAUGACAGAAGAUCUAGUCUUUCUGAAGUUUACAAGAUUGGACAGUCUGUUCGCACUAACGUUGUUCAUGUCAGCAGUGAAACAAAUCGAAUUACAGUUUCUUUGAAGCAGUCUUUUUGCUCUUCAACGGAUGCAUCCUUCAUUCAAGAAUACUUCAUUGUGGAGGAGAAGAUUGCCAAGCUGCAGUCGGUGGACUCUGGAGGUUCCGAUUUAAGAUGGGUGGAACAAUUUAAUGUUGGUAGUACUGUGAAAGGAAAAGUUCAUGAAAUAAAGGAAUUUGGUGUUGUAGUAAGCUUUCAGAAAUAUGAUGACAUCUUUGGUUUUAUUUCCCACUAUCAGUUAAGUGGAAUCCCUGUGGAGACUGGCUCAAGUAUUCGCAUAGCAGUACUGGAUGUUUCCAAGAUAGAACGCCUGGUGGAUCUGUCGUUGAAGCCAGCUUUUGUGAAUAAAUCAAAGAAAGAGACCACUAAUAGUCAAGCCCAGAAGAAACGCAAAAGGGAAGCGCUAGGAGAAUUGGAAGUAAAUCAAACUGUAAAUGCAGUGGUGGAGAUUGUUAAAGAAAAUUACUUGGUUGUUUCACUGCCAUCAUAUAAUAACACUCUUGGAUAUGCAUCACGAGCUGAUUACAAUACUCAAAAUCUCCCUCCUAAAUCAUUUACCAAUGGAGAAAGUGUCAUUGCCGCUGUUAUGGCCCUUCCUUCUCCUUCAACAAGUGGGAGAUUGCUGCUGCUGCUCAAGUCUAUCAGUGAAGCUAUUGAAACGUCAAAUUCCAAGAGGGCUAAAAGGAAAUCUAGUUAUAAUGUCGGAUCGCUGGUUCAGGCAGAGAUUACUGAAAUAAGGCCAUUUGAACUGAGACUAAAAUUUGGUUCCAGUUUCCAUGGGAGGAUGCACAUAACAGAGGCAUCAGAUGAAAAUUAUGCUGAAGCUCCAUUUAGUAACUUCAGAUUUGGGCAGACUCUUACUGCAAGGAUCAUUUCAAAGCUCAAUAUGUCAGAAAGUGUUAAGAGAGGCUAUCAGUGGGAGCUAUCCAUUAAACCAUCCACACUUGCAGGAUCUGAUGAAAUUGAACCCGUUGAAAAAUUGAGUUAUUCAACUGGCCAGCUCGUUUCUGGCUUUGUGUACAAAGUUGACAAUGAAUGGGCUUGGCUAACGAUAUCUCGAGAUGUUAAGGCCCAGCUUUACAUCUUAAAUAGCUCAAGUGAGCCUAGUGAGCUACAUGAAUUUCAGGAAAGGUUUUCUGUCGGCAGGGCCUUCUCUGGUUAUGUUUUACAUUGUAAUAAGGAGAAAAAGUUAGUGCGCUUACUUUCGCAUCCACUGUUGGUUGACCCAGAAAGACCUGUUCUUCAAGGAGAUUGUCCCACGGAUCAUUCAAGUGAAAGAAUGUCAUUUCAUAUUCGUGAAGGCAAUGUUUUGGGUGGCAGGAUUUCUAAAAUCCUUCCAGGUGUUGGUGGAUUGCUUGUUCAGAUUGAUCCUCACCUAUAUGGUAAGGUUCAUUUCACUGAACUGACGGAUCCAGGGGUAGCCGAUCCUCUGUCUGGAUAUCAUGAAGGACAAUUUGUAAAGUGCAAAGUGCUGGAGAUUGCUCAUCCAGGCAAGGGAACUGUUCAUAUUGACCUCUCGCUGCGGUCUAUUCCACACAGAACCCAGAAGCUGAAACUCUCUGCACUCAAUGACACAGUGAAUUUUCCUGUAUUGGUGGAGAAGAUUGAGGAUCUUCACCCAAAUAUGAUGGUGCAGGCAUAUGUGAAAAAUGUAACACCGAAAGGAUGUUUCGUAAUGCUUUCGCGCAAAGUUGAUGCAAAAGUUCUCCUGUCAAACUUGUCUGAUGGCUAUGUGGAAAAUCCAGAGAAAGAAUUCCCUGUUGGGAAACUUGUCAUUGGAAAGGUGGUCUCUGUGGAGCCAUUGUCUAAGCGAGUUGAAAUCACUCUAAGGACAUCAAGUGCAGUUGGUGCUCCCAAGUCUGAUAAAGAUGCUCUAAGUAAUUUGACUGUUGGGGAUAUCAUAUCUGGCAGAGUCAAGCGAGUUGAACCAUAUGGUUUGUUUAUCACAGUUGAUCACACAAACUUGGUUGGGUUGUGCCAUGUUUCAGAAAUCUCUGACAAUCAUGUGGACAAUAUUGACUCUAGACACAAAGCUGGGGAUAGAGUGACGGCAAAGAUUUUGAAGGUGGAUAAGGAAAGACAUCGAAUUUCACUAGGGAUGAAGAAUUCAUAUUUUAAUGAUGCGACAAGUGCUGAGACAGAUACAAGGCCGAGUUCUGGUUGUGCAGUGAAUGGAGAUGCUCGUAUUGAAUCAACUUCCUCACUCAAGAGUAGCUCUCAAGGACGGGAGGAUCUUGAUGGUGAAUCUGUUGAUGGGAAGGACCUGUUCCUUGCUGAAGUUGAAUCUCGGGCAUCCAUACCAGCACUGGAGGUCCCACUUGAUGAUACAGAAAAUUUGGAUAUGAGUGAUGUAGUUAAUCAAGACUCAGGUGAUGCUACCGAUUUCGGUACUUCAGAGGAGAAGAACCAGAAACAUGCAGCAAAAAAAGCUAAAAGAUUGAGGGAACAAGAAAUUAGAGCUGCUGAGGACAGAUUACUGGAAAAAGAUAUUCCCAGAGAUGAAGAUGAGUUUGAGAAAUUAGUUAGAAGUUCCCCCAAUAGCAGUUUUGUCUGGAUAAAAUACAUGGCAUUCGUGCUUUCUUUGGCUGAUGUUGAGAAGGCACGAUCAAUUGCAGAACGGGCUUUGAGGACAAUAAAUGUGCGAGAAGAGUUGGAAAAGCUGAAUGUUUGGGUUGCCUACUUCAAUUUAGAAAACGAGUAUGGAAAUGCCCCAGAGGAAGCUGUUGCAAAAGUAUUCCAAAGAGCGUUGCAGUAUUGUGAUCCCAAAAAAGUUCAUUUGGCCUUGUUAGGAAUGUAUGAGAGGACUGAGCAACACAAACUCACAGAUGAACUUCUUAACAAGAUGGUUAAGAAGUUCAAGCAUUCGUGCAAGGUUUGGCUUAGGCGGGUUCAGUGGCUGUUGAAACAAAACCAAGAUGGAGUCCAGUCAGUGGUGAAUCGUGCUUUGCUAAGUCUUCCUCCACACAAACAUAUUAACUUUAUUACACAGACAUCUAUUCUAGAGUUCAAGUGUGGAGUUCCUGACAGGGGCCGCUCCUUGUUUGAGAAGAUGCUUCGUGAGUAUCCGAAGAGAACUGAUCUGUGGAGCGUAUAUCUUGAUCAGGAGAUUCGACUGGGAGAUGCAGAUGUGAUCCGUGCCUUAUUUGAAAGGGCAAUUACUCUCAGCCUUCCACCCAAAAAGAUGAAGUUCCUCUUUAAGAAGUAUCUUGAGUACGAAAAGAUGCUUGGUGAUGAUGAACGAAUGGAGGCUGUGAAAAGGAAAGCAAUGGAAUACGUUGAGAGCAGUCUUGCUUGAAUUAAAUCCAGAAGUCAUGGAGCUACUCUUGGCAUGGUUCUUGAGUCCUUCAUAGUAUGUAUUGUGUCCAAUUCAGAUAUUGCCUUGAGGUUGAAUCUGUCUGCUGUUGGGACGUACAAACACUAACUGUGGCUACAAUAUAUUGAAAGUAACGUCCUCAGCACUAUAACCAGUCUCUUGUUGGAUGAAAGUUGAGUGAUUGAAAUAGAGCAGUUAUAGGAGAUUGAAAUGCGAGUUUUGAAACAUGCUAGAGAGAAGAGAAGCAUGCAGAUUUCCGACAAGUCGCUUCAAUUUUGUAGCUUAUGUAAAAGACUAAUUUUUUGGUGAAAUUGCGGUGUAAAGAGAAUCUCAGUUUUAUGCAAGAGAGAUCAUAUUGUGUAGGCGUUUGUGUAUGAAUAUGAAUUUUAGUAUUUGAUAAGGAAUUCUAUUGAUGCUAUAAA